GCUUGCAGCGAACGAGCGAGCGAGCGAGGCGAGAUGUCCGGGCGCGGGAAGCAGGGCGGGAAGGCGCGCGCCAAGGCCAAGUCGCGCUCGUCGCGGGCCGGGCUGCAGUUCCCCGUGGGCCGCGUGCACCGGCUGCUGCGCAAGGGCAACUACGCGGAGCGCGUGGGCGCCGGCGCCCCGGUGUACCUGGCGGCCGUGCUGGAGUACCUGACGGCCGAGAUCCUGGAGCUGGCGGGCAACGCGGCCCGCGACAACAAGAAGACGCGCAUCAUCCCCCGCCACCUGCAGCUCGCCAUCCGCAACGACGAGGAGCUCAACAAGCUGCUGGGCAAGGUGACCAUCGCGCAGGGCGGCGUGCUGCCCAACAUCCAGGCCGUGCUGCUGCCCAAGAAGACUGAGAGCCACAAGGCCAAGAGCAAGUAAAGCAAGCGGGGGAAGCGUCCCGCGCCCAGAGGCUAAACCCAAAGGCUCUUUUCAGAGCCACCCACAACCUCGAGAAAGAGCUUGAGACGCGGCGGCGGAGCGGGUGCUGGGCGGUCGCGAGGAGAGGGGGAAGGGCGCCCGUGUUUGUCUUGGGGAGCUUGUGUGUAGUUUGGUGUGUUGUGGGCAGCCCGGGCCGGUUUGCUGGGCGGCGUUGCCGUCCUGGACCGGGAUCGAUCGGAGCGCUCUGUUCCCGGUGCUGGGGAGCUGCUGUGGAAGGAGCCGAGCGCGGGAGAAGAGCGCGGAACGUCCCGGAGCCAAUCGUGGCCUGCGAAGGCUUUUGGAGUUCGCGCGGGCGCUGAACCCAACCUCCCUCCCUUCCUUCCCUCCCUCC